AUGUCUACUCUCUCUGCUAAUCCUAAAGGCGAUUUCUCACGUUCCCUAUUGGAAGCUGAUGCUUGGGUGGAUGUCCUUAUGUGGUUCAGUGUUUGGGGGAAUUUUGGUCCUGGCGGCAGAUCUGUAAGUCUCUUGUAUGCAGCUGUGUUGUUUUGUGUGGUGGCGGUGUCUCCCCUCAUUUUUGGGCACGGUGGUGUGAACUGA